AUGUUCGCCUUUGUCACCCUCGUCUCUUCAGACGCUUAUCUCCCAGGCGCACUCGCUCAGGUCGCCGCUCUCCGCGACAUACACCCCUCCCCCGCCCAGCCCCCAGAGCACGACUUCCACACCGUCUGUCUCGUCACCCCAGAGUCUCUCGAUGUCGCUACCAUCAAGGCUCUCCGUCGCGCGUUCGAUCUCGUCGUCGGUGUAGAGAUCCUCGAGCAGCACAAUCCCGCUGGUCUCAAGCUCCUCGGUCGCCCCGAUCUAACCACCGUCCUCACAAAGCUCCAUGUCUUCCGUCUCACCCAGUUCCAGAAAAUCGUCUUUCUAGAUGCAGAUGUCCUCCCCAUCCGCCCCAUCUCACAUCUCUUCUCCAUUGCCCACGAAUUUUCCGCUGCCCCAGAUGUAGGUUGGCCAGACAUCUUCAACUCUGGUGUCCUCGUUCUCUCUCCAGGUCAGGACAAAUUCGACCAGCUCUAUCAGCUAGUCGCCACCCGUCCCUCCUGGGAUGGUGGUGACCAAGGUCUUCUCAAUGAAUGGCGCGACGGCGAUUGGAACAGACUCAGUUUCACCUACAACACUACUCCCACCGCCGCAUAUACAUACGCCCCCGCAUACGAGCGCUACGGUUCCCAGAUAAAGGCUAUUCAUUUCAUUGGCCCCAAUAAACCUUGGAAUAACAUUCCCUAUCGUACUCCCGGUCGUCAACCAUCAACCCAGUCUUCCCAGACCACCUAUGACUAUGACUCUCUUGUCGACCGUUGGUUCGAUGUAUAUGAUCGCCAUUAUGCCUCUACUCCCACUCAAAAAUCCCCGUUUGAGAUCAAGCGAUACACCUCUGCCUGGGACCCCUCUGCAGAACCACAAAAUCCCCCUCCUGCCCCUCUAGAUCUCGACGAGCUCAAGCGUCUGGCUAUACAGGGGCUCAAUGCCUCUCAGGAGGAUUCUCAUCCCGGAGAGGGCGCAUACAAGUCUAUGCCUCUUCAAGGUCGCGUCGAUCUCAUGCGUCCUAGGAAGCCCGACCCAAAACCAGUUGAACCUGUCGUUAAACCACACGAUCCUCGUCUCAGUGCUCCUUCAAUAAACGCAUAUACUCAGGAUACAGACGAUUCCGAUCGUUUUCCGACAGAGCCCUUCCAUUUUCACGAUGAAAUUUUAGCGACUCCUAUCGCCCGACGCGCUAGUUUAGGCGAUGAACCCCGCUGGCGUACCCUGCCCACUCCUGGUCCAAACGAAAUUCCACCUAGUCCACGCCUACGUCUAGUCUCUCUACCCCCUACUCCUUCCCCUUUUGCCCCUUUACCGACUACAGCCCCUGACUUUUACGCCAGUGAAAGCGAGGCAGAAAGUUUUCUGCUGGCGCGUUCCGAUUCUGCACACGAAAAUCGACCUGAUAGCCGCCAUCAUCAUCAUCAUCAUCACCGUUCAACUCCCAAUCAUGAACACCACCACCAUCACCAGCAUUAUUCCCCCCCUCAAAAUUCGCAGUCUUAUCGUCAUGACGAACAACGACAGCACGAAAGUCCCAAGCGCCCUGCUUCUCCCCCUAUGAUGUCCUGGAAUCCGGCAAUUGAGCCACCCCCAAACGUCACUCCGGCCCCCAACGCGUUCCCCACAGAUACCUAUUUUGCCAAUGUCUGGGACCAAACUCCAUCCAGACAAAACGACCAAAUACCCUCCUCCUCAAUCGCCCACACUUCUCCCCCCGAUUCUGGUGGCUUCUUCCAGCCGCCCCCGCCUCCGGUGAUACCGGAUACGCUUCUCAAGCAGGGUCACUACCGCAAUGUCACUGGCGAUAUACAAACGGGAUCCACGCCUAGUCCGGAUAAGAAAAAAAUCAAGUCUAUAUUUCCCUGGGAGGAAAAGCCGCGCGUUAUGCCUGGACGGGUCUUUCCCGACUCGGACGCGCCCCCGCCCUCGCUGUUCUUGAGUCCAGGCAGUCAGAGCCAAAGCCACACGGACACGACAACCACGCCGAGUACACCCGAGACUAGGUCCACGGGAACGACGCGUGCAACUCAGCUUUCUCCGCUUUAUGGCCUGCCGAGUGCGUUUAGCUAUGCGAAUGCUUGGGAUAGUGUACCGAGUAUUCAAAAGUAUGCGUCAAAGCUGGUCAAGCCGGCUCAACCACUGCCGCAUCCCCCUCAGUUAGCACCGCCAUAUGAGGAUGAUGCAUAUGCGAGAAAGGUGUCGAGAAAGAAAAGUUGGGAUGAGAGAGCAGAGGUGAGCAGCCGAGAUGGAGACGACGAGGAUAAUGCGGAUGAUGAGGAAGACGAGGAAGGCCGUCCUGUGGCGAGCAACAGCACCAAAUGGGUGGAUGAUGAGGAUGGUAGUGAUCGUGAAAACGCAAAGAGAAGGUCCAGGAGGGGCUCGGUUGUCACUGCGAGCACUCUCCUUGGGAUUAACAAGAAAAAAGAGUAUCGGAGCAGGGGCGUGCAGACGAUUAUUGUGGAGAAGAGGAGCCAGGGUAUUCAGGUUCAGGUAGAGGCGCCGUCUCCGAGGCAGCAUUAUCAUGCGAGAAGGGGUUCAGCGUCCAAUAGGAGGCAUUGGGCGCCUGCGACGGCGUCUACGGUCGUUGCGCCCAUGACAACCACUCGGGAUGUCUCUAUUGGGCCCCCAGUCAACGUGGGUCCUGCUGAACAGCAGCAUCACCACAAAAAGAAGGAGACGUCGGUGUCGCCUUCGUUCUCUCCCAGGAGGCCAGCGAGAGAGUUUGUCGUUCCUCCACCUAACGCCGGCAGGUCCUCAGGGUUUGUCUCGCCACCUCCUCAACCUGCAAAAUCGGCAUCUCAAUCAAAGUCUGGCACUAUCACUCCGAAUGCCAGGUUGAUGGCUCAGCAACACCUCCGAGCUGCAGUUGCUCCUAUUGCCAGAUCGUCCUCUGCACCACAAUCUGGGAAUCACAGGCCACCAUCUGGGCAUCAUGCGCACGCGCCUCCUGUUAAGCCUGCAGUGAGCAAUUCCAAUGCAAAGCCGUUUGCACCACCUGCAAAACCCACAAUUCGCACGUCAAACUCGUCCACGUCUACUCUUGUACCUGCCACCGCCUCGCCUGCUAUACACUCUGCACCACCCACAAUGAUGCCUGCGCAUCCAUCUUUGUCCAACAGGACGUCGCCUACGGCCUCUGUUGUUGCCCGCCGUCCUUCGAAUGACUCGUCAUUGGGCUCGCCUGUUUCUUCGGCGGGGCCGCUGUCCCCACCUGACGGGCAUGCACUCUUGUUGUCCCCUGGUUCGCAACAUUCUCAGGGAACGCCGCUGCCAGGUCUGCAAGGUCUACCACAGCCGACGAGAAAAGGCACAAGGGUGUGGGAUCCUGCGCGGGGUGUGGAUUUGUUCAAGAGAGAAUCAGAAGAUGUUAUUGCGAGGUUUUUAAAGAUGGGCGCGUGGGAGGAGGAAGGACGGUGA